AUGGAAGUAGUUGUUACAGGAAUAUGUCCACCUAUAGUGAUGAUUUUACUCGCUUAUUUAUUAAUACGCAGUGUCCGAGGUGUUAUUCAACGGCGGAUUGUUCCUGAUAAUAAUGGACCAUCGGUAACCCUUGCACAUCGAUCAGUUCUUCAAAAUAUGGAUUCUCGACUUACAUUGAUGCUUAUAUUACAAUCAAUCAUUGCUAUAAUAACAUAUAUACCAUAUGCAUCUGAACUUAUCUAUUCAAAUGUUACUCAAUAUUGGUCAAAAUCAGAUUUACGUAAUGCUCAAGAAAAAAUUUUUGUUGAAUUAACUCAUUUAUUGUCGUACAUAUUUUUUGCCACCAGUUUUUACGUAUCGUUAAUUUCAAAUGAUGGUUUUCGUCGACAAUUUAAAAAUUUCUUUCAAAAACCAAAGUCUGAUGACCGUACAAUUCAUAUUAAUACUAUUUUCCAUACGAAUACAAUUAUUAAUAUUCAACAGAAAUAA